GUUUUGGCGGGUUUCUCCCGGCAGGGGGCUCGCGGGUUUGGCGGUUGGCGGGCUUGCGCCCUGCGGCGGGGCUGGCCGGGUGGUUGGGGUUCGGGCGGGCUGGGAUCGAGGGGCUGAAGCCGGGGUACGAGGCAAAGGGGCACGUCAGCGCCGGUCCUCGGGGGCCUGGCCGGGGGAGGUUUGUAGUCAGAUGAAUUUCAGUAUGAAGGAGAAAUUGGAUGCAGGAAAAGCCUCAGGAAGGAUAAAGUACGUCACAGACAAGGCAAACUCAGCCCCAAGACGGACUCUUAAAACAAUUCAGCCUUCAACAGCAGGUUGCCUUAUUGGCAGGGUAAAUGAACCUGCUAAAUGUUCGUUCAAAAGGAAACUUUGGAGUGAUCAGCUAACUGCAAAGACCUGCAAAGCUGAGGUUGUGGACCCAAAACAGAAAAAUGAAAAUCUAAAAGGAGUCACUCAAGCUGUUGAUCUCAUGGUAAAAAAAAAUCCUCCGUCUCGGUACUGGAAGGAAGUGGCUGAAGAGAGAAGGAAGGCACUGUAUGAAGUGCUUCAGGAAAAUGAAAAGCUGCACAAAGAAAUUGAACAGAAAGAUGGUGAAAUUGCCCGUCUAAAAGAAGAAAAUGAUGAACUGGUAUUACUUGCAGAACAUGUGCAGUACAUGACAAAUAUGAUUGAGAGACUAACUGGGCAGGCACCUGAUGGCCUUGAGUCACUGAAAAAUCUAGACUUGGAGGAAUUUGAGCAGGAGGAUGAAGAGAGUGAUUCUGAGGGUGAUGUAGAUCGGGAUUCUGAAGAGUUGCCUUCACAAGUCUCAUGUGAUUCUAGGGAGAAUGUCACAGAUUCAUCUGCAAAGAAAGCUAGAAGUCUGUAAAAAUGGCUUGGCAAACUUGAGUGGCCAGUGUGCACGUGGCUUCCUAUUUUAAUUGCUAAAUGACUGUCAGAAGAAUAUACUGCCAAAGUUUACCUCAGAUAAAAGUUACAAGUCUUGUGGAAGCUUUAAAAGUUCACAAUGGGUUUUAACUGGUAAUAUGUAGCAAUGGAAAUAGCUGUAUACUACCUAAACAAGGUAUUAGACUGAAUUUGGUCACUUCUAUAAAAUAGAAAUACUAUGUAUUUCUAAGUUGUGUAAAUAGUAUCUGUUGCUUUGACAUGAGAAUGUGUACUUGAUAAAUAAACUAAACUCUACCAAAA